AUGUCUGCUAGCCCCGGUAACUCACUCAAGGCUCUUUCUCCGACUCCUCCUGAACGCGGGUCUUUCCCGCUCGAUCACGAUGGGGAAUGCACAAAACAAAUGCAAGAAUACCUGCAGUGCAUCAAGCUUGUGCGAGGCGAAAAUGCUCCCAAUUGCCGACUACUGGCGAAGGAAUACUUGAACUGCCGAAUGAACCACCAGCUGAUGACCCGAGACGAAUGGAAGAAUCUGGGGCUUCCCGACGAUCCCAAGCAGAGCAGCAGUAGCAGUAGCAGCAGUAGCAGCAGCAACGAGAAGCAAAACUGA